AUGGGGCAGGUGGCCUGGAAGGCUUUGUUUCUCUCGCUUUUUGAUUAUAAAACGGAGAAAUACGUCAUUGCGAAGAACAAGAAGGUGGGGAUUCUCUACCGGGUGGUGCAGCUCUCCAUUCUGGCUUACCUGGUGGGGUGGGUGUUUGUUGUCAAGAAAGGCUACCAGGACACAGACACAUCCCUCCAGAGCUCUGUCAUCACCAAGCUGAAAGGGGUAGCCUUCACCAACACCUCGGAGCUGGGGGAGAGGCUGUGGGAUGUUGCAGACUACGUCAUUCCUCCGCAGGGUGAAAACGUCUUCUUUGUCAUGACGAAUCUGAUUGUGACCCCAAACCAGAGACAAGCCACGUGCCCUGAGAGUGCCAGCAUUCCCGACGCCCUGUGUCACAAGGAUGGGGACUGCCCGGCGGGGCAAGCAGUGGUGGCCGGCAAUGGGGUCAAGACUGGCCAUUGUUUGAAAGACAGGGACAGCGUCAGAGGGACUUGUGAGAUACUGGCCUGGUGCCCAGUGGAGAAAAGAUCCAAGCCCAAGAAACCGCUUCUUGCCAGUGCAGAAAACUUCACUGUUUACAUCAAGAACUCAAUCCGCUUCCCCAAGUUUAAGUUCUCCAAGAUGAAUGUGCUGGCAACCAACGAGUCCUACCUGAAGAGCUGCCGCUACAGCACGGAACAUCCCUACUGCCCCAUCUUCCUCCUGGGGAACAUCGUCCGAUGGGCUGGGAGUGACUUCCAGGAAAUGGCCUCGGAGGGUGGUGUGAUAGGAAUUCAGAUUGAAUGGAACUGUGAUCUUGAUAAAGCCCCUUCUGAAUGUAACCCUCACUAUUCUUUUAGCCGGCUGGAUAACAAGUUUGCAGAAAACUCCGUCUCUUCUGGGUACAACUUCCGGUUUGCCAAGUAUUACCGGAAUGCUGAGGGGGUCGACUACCGGACACUCAUUAAGGCGUACGGCAUCCGCUUUGAUGUGAUGGUGAACGGCAAGGGAGCUUUCUUUUGUGACCUGGUGCUGCUGUAUCUGAUUAAAAAGAGUAACUUCUAUCGAGGCAAAAAGUAUGAGGAAGUAAAGUAA